AUGCCAUCCGAGGAGUACAAGUCGGCAGGCGGCGGUGCGCUGCGCAUCAAGGGCGCCAAGGUCAAGAAGCACAAGAAGAAGAAGGACAAGACUGCUCUGGAGAAGAUCCUUACCGAGCCGAAGAAAGAAGAGUCCGAGGACAAGGAAGAAGCCGGAGAAGUCGAAGAAGCCGAAAGAGACGAGCCACCCAGGAGCAACAAGACGGAAGCUGAGCGGCGGUUCGAGGAGGCACGCAGGAAGAGGCUGCUAGAGAAGGCGGAAACAUCCAGGCCUGAGCUCCUCAAGACCCACAAGGAGCGCGUGGAAGAGCUCAACACCUACCUGUCGAAACUAUCCGAGCACCACGACAUGCCCAAGAUCGGCCCCGGCUAA